AUGGCUUUUCUACUUACGAGAGAAGGGAAUAUUGUCGAGGGAGGCUUGUCGGGGACCACUUCGGUGAACGGCGUCGAUGUAACCACGGCUGGAGCCUCGAGAACAACAAUCCAUUUCCCGUACACAGAUCUUGCUAUUCUAGCUGAAGGCGCUUAUAAGAUCAGAGUCGACGUUUACAAGGUUGCCUACGACAACCCAGACAGUUAUGAUUUUCAAGCGCACGCCAAGACCAGCCGUGUUACAGUGGUCAACGAACCGGUACCGGCUGUAAGUGCUGGUUCCGCUGAGCGCAGCAUCAUCCGGGCUCUCCAGGCCGCUGGGGUCUAUAUCCAUUAA